AUGGCGGGUAUGUUGUGUGAUGGUAGAGACAACUUGUGUGAUGGUAGAGACUUGUGUGAUGGUAGAGACAACUUGUGUGAUGGUAGAGACAACUUGUGUGAUGGUAGAGACCACUUGUGUGAUGGUAGAGACUUGUAUGAUGGUAGAGACAACUUGUGUGAUGGUAGAGACCACUUGUGUGAUGGUAGAGACAACUUGUGUGAUGGUAGAGACAACUUGUGUGAUGGUAGAGACCACUUGUGUGAUGGUAGAGACUUGUAUGAUGGUAGAGACAACUUGUGUGAUGGUAGAGACCACUUGUGUGAUGGUAGAGACAACUUGUGUGAUGGUAGAGACCACUUGUGUGAUGGUAGAGACUUGUGUGAUGGUAGAGACCACUUGUGUGAUGGUAGAGACAACUUGUGUGAUGGUAGAGACCACUUGUGUGAUGGUAGAGACAACUUGUGUGAUGGUAGAGACAACGUGUGUGAUGGUAGAGAAUUAGACAACUUGUGGGAUGGUAGAGACUUGUAUGAUGGUAGAGACUUGUGUGAUGGUAGAGACUUGUGUGAUGGUAGAGACUUGUGUGAUGGUAGAGACAACUUGUGUGAUGGUAGAGACAACUUGUGUGAUGGUAGAGACUUGUAUGAUGGUAGAGACUUGUAUGAUGGUAGAGACUUGUAUGAUGGUAGAGACAACUUGUGUGAUGGUAGAGACUUGUGUGAUGGUAGAGACUUGUAUGAUGGUAGAGACAACUUGUGUGAUGGUAGAGACAACUUGUGUGAUGGUAGAGACUUGUAUGAUGGUAGAGACAACUUGUGUGAUGGUAGAGACAACUUGUGUGAUGGUAGAGACAACUUGUGUGAUAGUAGAGACUUGUGUGAUGGUAGAGACUUGUGUGAUGGUAGAGACAACUUGUGUGAUGGUAGAGACAACUUGUGUGAUGGUAGAGAAUUGUAUGAUGGUAGAGACUUGUGUGAUGGUAGAGAAUUGUGUGAUGGUAGAGACUUGUGUGAUGGUAGAGACUUGUAUGAUGGUAGAGACUUGUGUGAUGGUAGAGACUUGUGUGAUGGUAGAGACAACUUGUGUGAUGGUAGAGACUUGUGUGAUGGUGGAGACAACUUGUGUGAUGGUAGAGAAUUGUGUGAUGGUAGAGACGUGUGUGAUGGUAGAGACAACUUGUGUGAUGGUAGAGACUUGUGUGAUGGUGGAGACAACUUGUGUGAUGGUAGAGACUUAUUUGUGUCGUAA